AAGAUGGCGGAGUCGGAGGAGGAGGUGGACGUCUUGGUCCAGAGAGUUGUCAAAGACAUCACUAACGCCUUCAAGAGAAACCCCAACAUAGAUGAGAUCGGUGUGAUCCCGUGUCCAGAGGCCCGCUACAAUCGCAGUCCCAUUUUGUUGGUGGAGAACAAGCUUGGUGUUGAGAGCUGGUGUGUCAAGUUCCUGCUGCCAUACGUUCACAACAAGCUGCUGCUCUACCGUCAGCGCAAACACUGGCUGGAGAGGGAAGCUUUAGCGGAUAUUACCUGCACUCUGUUGCUGCUUAACCCGGACUUCACCACCGCCUGGAAUGUCAGGAAGGAGCUGCUGCAGUGUGGAGUUCUAAACCCAGAGAAGGACCUCUACCUGGGCCAGCUGGCCCUCACUAAGUACCCUAAGAGUCCGGAGACAUGGAUACACCGACGCUGGGUUCUGCAGCAGAUCCUGCGUCAGUUCUCUGCCGGGGGCCACGGCAGGAAGCAUCAGCAGGGUGAAGCAGAGCAGGCUGAUGCAGAGAGGAGCCAGCAGCUCAGUGACCAUCUGGCCCGGACGCUCCAUCAAGAGAUGAAGGUGUGCUCUGACGCCGCCUGCCGCUACCCCAGCAACUACAAUGCCUGGUCCCACCGCAUCUGGGUGCUGCAGCACAUGGCUAAGGGCAACGUCAAGGUUUUCCACGAUGAGCUGUCGUCUAUGCGCCUCUGGGUGUCCAUGCAUGUGUCUGACCACAGUGGCUUCCACUACCGCCAGUUCCUUCUCAAGGAGCUGAUCACCGAGCUCUCCCAGACUCCAGCUUCCACCACCAGUUCACCCCAGCACUGCUGCAGCACAGCCCCCAGAAGCAGUCCCCAGCACCACAGCCACAGCCAGGCCAACGGGGAGCUGUCGGGAGCAGAGGCAGCUGCCGAGGAGGAGAGACAGCUCAGCUUUACUACGGUCCUUCAGCUCUUCCACCAGGAGAUGGAGCUGUGCUCAGACCUCAUCCAGUCCUUCCCUGGUCACGAAGCGCUCUGGAGUCACAGGCGACAUGUCUUCUACUUAUGUCACCACUGGAGGAGAGAACACCAGCACCACUGCAGCAGCAGCAAUGGAGGCAGCACGUCAGUCCACCUGAACAGCAGCGAGCCAGGCCCGCCCAAGGUCAGCGGUCAGGGCUGUGCAGGCAGGGGGGAGGGUGUAAAUGGACAGGGGCAGGCUGCUGAAGCUAUGGAGGUAGACGGGGCAUCCUUGCCAGACCCGCGCGACAGUAAGCGACUGAAGAGAGGUGUCCUGCUGCCCAGCCCCCCCGCCCUGCCCUCUGAGCACAGCUUUGUGAGCAGCGUCCUGGACAGCUGCAGCAGUCCCGAGCAGAGACGUUUCGCCCUGGCGUACAAGAAGUGGUUAGACACCGUCAUUGGUCAGCAGCCUUGAGAGAGAGGGAGAGGAACAGUAAGCCCCAUCAAUCUUUCUCAACAUUGAAGUUGCCUUUAGACACAGAUUUAGGAUCAGCUUACCUACCUGUAGUGCUGACUUUAACUAGUAGUGCUUCAGAUGCAGUGCUGACUUUAGAGAGCAGUCAUGGUGCAGCGUGGUUACUGUCCUGUCCUCCUCACAGUGAGGAGAGAGGACGGGGUCUUAGAGUUAGGAGGUUUUGACGACACUGUCUCUACUUCCUCGGAAACAUCUGGAUACUCUUGAGCUUCAUCUGAGCCAGUGCCCCUUCAGAAUGGAAAUCUGCACACACACGCAGCCUGUUGGCUCGCUGUGUCUGUAGGUCGAUUCUGUUCGUGUUUCAGGUGUCUCAAUGCCUCAGGUCAAAUUGCCACUGCUUUUUUUUUUAUUGCCAGUUUGGCAUUCAUCUGAGUAUAUCUUCAUUUCUGAUCAAAUAUUUCAGCAGAGAAACUAUAUGAGGCUGCCACAGAAUGAGGAACAAUGUCUUUGCAGAGGUGAGAGCAGAGCAGAAUUCACUGAGUGUGACUCACUGAAUAUCACACUGGCUGGAUCCUACGUAUGGAUUUCCAAAGUGGACAGUAUGAUAGAUAUACUUAAACAAAUAAAUAGAAUAAUGAUAAAUAGAGUAAAAUAUAUCAAUGACUCAAUAAAUUGUGACAUUAUUUAAUAAAUCGUAAAAACUUAAUUAUUUUGAAGUGUUAUUUCAUCAUUAUUUGCACAGUAAUGGUUUUAUUGAGGUCAAUUUUUUUAGUCAAAGUUCCUAUCUUUCAGAGUUGUGGUGGCCACAACUCUGACAUGAAAAGUGACAUUGGGAAAAAUGCCAAUAUGAAAUAAAAGGGGGAUUUUUAGCUUUAAUGGAGGAAAAAUUAAUUUCAUGGCCAAUUGUUACUGUACAAGUGAUGAGAUAUGAUUUCUCAUAAAAGGAGUUGAGUUUUAAUAAUAUUUUGUUACUUAGCAUUACUUACCAUUCUCCGAUAGUACCUUACAGAGUACAGAGCGACAAGGCGGCAUAACAGACUGAAAUUCCUGCCUUGAAGACACAGUGCAGAAGUGGCCAGUGUGUCCCAGAGAUCAUUGAAAAGUCUUUGUCAGUGUUUGGUUUGUCUGUUCUGGACUACUGUAGAAACAGUAUGGCAGACUCCAUAUGUAGAUUUAAUCAGCACAAUUAAUAAAACAAAAUGAAAAUAUUCUUUUUUUAGGUUAUACCCUCAUAAAUACAUUGUUAUGAAUAUUAUAGAAUUUCUGCCAAUAGAUGCCCCUGAAUCCUACAAACUGGACCUUUAAAUCUUUUUUUUUUUUUUUUUUUUUAGAAAAGAUUAGAACAGAAUGACAUUGGCUCUGUGAAAGACUUUUUUUCUUUUUCUUUUUGAAUCAGUGUGUUGAAAUUCUCUCAGCACUCACCUGUUGCAGUGGCAGAUUUUAAGCACAGUCAAAACUUUUUGUUUUCUUAGAAAAUCCUUGGAUUUCCACUCUGAAGGUGGUAACAUUUAUUAACCAUGUAAUUUUCUCUCUGUUCUUCUGUUGGUCCUUGGUUGCUGCUCCUGGUUGAUUUUUAUACUGCUGAACAUUGUCAGUAAGUCCGAACUAUGUAGCCAAGUACUAAGUUACAGUAGCUUGCAACAGAAAGCCAAAAAGCUAGUCGUUAGCUGAACAACAGCUUAUGUCUGCUCUGUGAAAAGCCAUGGCUAACUUGCAAGUCUUACCUUCUGCCAACCUGAAGCACUAAGUCUAUAAGCAGAGAAAUGUUAGCUUUACCAGUUUAGCGGUACUGAUGUUGGACUUUGAAGGACGGAGUGCUAGGGAAGUGAGUCUCCCCCGACAUUCACACUGGUGCUACAUGCUGCCGUUUCUACAACUACUUCAUCUGUUACAGGUGUGUGGUGUGCAACAGGUGAACACUGAACAGCACUUUGGACUCUUUGAUGAUAAUAGGCAAUCAUUGUUUUGUGGGGUAUUAUUGCUAAACUAUUUUUGAAAUAUUGUCUGUUAUUUUGCACCAGGCUAGUUAACAGUAGCUGCUUUAUGUCACUACCUUGUACAAAAAUAGAGGUAACAUCGAGAAGGUCAAAGUCUACAUUCUUUCUUUGUUUUAAAGGGAUAGUUUGGAUUUUUUUGAGGUGGGGUUGUAUGGGGUAUUUAUCCAUACUCAGUGUACUCCAUACAGUAGAUGACUGUCUGCACACAGAGAAGCUAAGCAAUAUACUGUUGUAAAUGGGGGCCAGCAACAAAAUAUAUUUUAGCCACGUAAAAAAAAAUCUAUAUCAUUUUUAAGUGUAUGCUAUAUUGAGAGUAUUUUCACUAUUCCACAUUUCCAUUAUUCAGUCUUUUUCAAUGGAGAAUUUGUUAACAGCUUCAGUUCCCCAUCUCAAAGCCACCAGACUUAAUUGACAAAAACAGUCAUUUUAGUCUGCUGAACAAUGGAGCUUCUGCCCCUUCUUCAGUUAGUUUGUUUGUGUUAUUGUAUGGUUUUGGUGGAUCUGAAUGAACCCUUUUAAACACCAAAGUCACACAACAACACAAACUAACUGAUCAAGGCACAGGUGGACCUGUAGCUUCUGUGUUCAGGGAUGUUAAAUCACUGUUUUUCUCAAUGAGUCAGGAUCUGAAGAGAGCAAUAUAAUGGCUUCAUUUUCUAGCUCAGAAUCACUCUGAACAUGUACAUGAUGUUAGAAAAAGUCAUGUUAUGUCAUGUUAGUCCGACCGAGACCGAGACACAUGUAAACAUGCUAGUCCGACUGAAAUGGUUUUGGUUUUAAGUCAAAUUUCUCAUAGUCAGACUAACACACCUAGAAAUUGCUGUUUGGGGUUGAUUUACUCUUUCAUGUAUAUACCUCAGUCGGACAUGAACUGGCCUAGGCUUGCUCCACAUGGUCCAUUCUUCCCCCAAGAUGAAGGUACAAAGUAAAACAUAGAAUAUGUAUAAAAUGUACAGUACCGAAAAAGUAGCAUGUCACUGUUUGAAAUGCAACCUGUUUGCCGCUUGCAUCCUGUUUGGUAUGUGAUGUACUCGGUCGAACAGAAGAGGGUCCACUAGCAACUAGCUGAAAGGAGGCAUAAUGCCAUCUACUGCGGAGAACUCUGGCAUACUUCCAUCAAUAAAUCGAUUCUCCCCUGGUGCUUGCAUCAUUGUAUUUUAGCCACCUAACAUCAUUAUGUUAGGUGGCUAAAAUACAUAUUGUUGCUGGCCCCCAUCUACAGCAGUACAUUUCCGAGGUUCCACGUCAAACUCCAGGCUGCCUCUCCAAACUGGGGGCAUGCUGACUGACAUCUACUAUGUGUAAUACACUGACUUUGGAUAAGUACUGUACAUCAUACAACCCCACUUCAAAACAUCUGAACUACUCCUUUAAGGAAUCAUUUCUAGCACUCCUGUAAAAGUUGUAACAUGCUGUAUCUGCACAGUCCAUCCCUUCAAUAAUGUAGAAGGUGGAAUCGAUAACGCUUCCCACCCCAUCGUCUCAUCUGUAUCGAUAAGGGAAGAACUGUAUUCUUGAAUUUGAAUCUAACAAGUCUGAAGUUACCCUGUAUUCCAGAUAGUUGCCUAGAAAACAUAAUGGAUUACAGUUUGUAUAGGAUCCAUUGUUUUGUUGCCUGUGGAUGUUUUGGGUUGUUGUUACUUGUUGUUUGGCUUUGCCAAUGACAAUAUCGGCACACAAGUGAACAAAUAAUGUUGCACAGAUGAUGUUGUUCCAUCAGUGUAGCCAUGGACACAUUCACUAUAUGUACUAUGUGGUCACAUGCAUCCCUGAUCACAUUGAAAUGCGACAGGAGCAUCGGCGUCCCAGUGGGCCCUUGGUUCAGUUUGGGUACUGUCACAUCUGUAUAUAGAGGUUUGAAUAGAUUGGUUUGUUCUUGAAGACAAAAUGGCGGCUGUGAGGGGGAAAUGCUAUAUUUGGUUUCAGUAGCCACUGUCUACAGGCUGGCUCGCCAUAAUCGCCCUGGCUCCCCAUCACACUGUCCCCAUGUGCUUCCAUGUAACCCUUACCACGUUGUACUUAGCUUCUCUUAGAAACUACAAUGUAAGAGUUAUGACGUAAGGCGCUUUAUCACCUCAAAUCACUGUGUACAUGAUCAUAGAUAAUCUUGAAACCAGUCUUUUUGAGCCAUGUAUUCUUUAGGGUUGGUCAUCGAGAACGGGUGCAUAUCAGAACUGUACGGUGGGGGGAUUUUAACAACCUUGCAGACCUAGAACACAAACUUUGAAUACAAGACUAUCUAUGCAGAAAUGUUUUUUUAAAGGUUCAACAAGCUUUUAAAAAGAAUAAUGUAGCUUCUGUUUUUUUCUAAUUUAUUCUUCAGUUUACUUCCGUGGAGGGUAUGUCCUUCAUGAAUAAUCCCUAGCAUCUCAUUAAUUUUCUAUUUAUUUAUAGAGUUUCAAGUCUUUUAUCUUCACUUUCAAUGUUUUGUCAUCUGCUUACCAAGAAAUAAAGCUCAUCUGGGAUAAAAAA